AUGGCUGGAAAGCUUGUUAUCUCUGUAGUGAAGUGGCUGUGCCAUCACAUAUGGUUUUCUGAUAUAGCAGUGGCUUUGUCCAUUGUAUUCAUCCUCAGUUGUAUACUUAACAGACUCACCAACAAAGGUCCCAUGUUAUGGCCAGUGCUUGGAAUCCUUCCUUCUUUGUUCUUCCAUAUGAACGACAUCUAUGACUGGGGAACAAGAGCUUUGAUCAAAGCUGGGGGAACAUUCCACUAUAGAGGAAUGUUGAUGGGUGGGAAUUAUGGGAUCAUGACUGUCGACCCUUCCAACAUUGAGUUCAUGCUCAAGACAAGGUUCAAGAAUUUCCCCAAAGGUAACUACUACAGAGAGAGGUUCCAUGAUUUGCUCGGAGGUGGCAUUUUCAACGUGGACCAUGAAUCAUGGAAAGAGCAAAGGCGAAUUGCAAGCUCUGAGAUGCAUUCCACUCAGUUUGUGGCGUACUCCUUUCAAACCAUUCAAGAUUUAGUGAACCAGAAACUGUUGGAACUAACAGAUAAGCUGGCCAAGUCCGGAGACUGCAUUGAUCUGCAAGAAGUGCUUCUACGUUUUACUUUUGAUAACAUUUGCACUGCAGCUUUUGGCAUUGAUCCAGGGUGCCUGGCCUUGGAAUUACCUGAAGUUUCCUUUGCAAAAGCCUUUGAAGAGGCUACUGAAUUAACCUUGUUCAGAUUCAUGGUGCCACCUUUUAUAUGGAAGUCCAUGAAGUUCUUUGGAGUAGGAACCGAGAAGCGGCUCCAGGAGGCUGUUCGGGUUGUACAUGAUUUCGCCGAGAAGACGGUGGCAGACAGGAGGAUUGAAUUGAGCAAGACUGGAAAUUUAAACAAGCAGACCGAUCUUUUGUCAAGAAUCAUGGCCAUUGGAGAGCAUGAAGAAGGUAAAGACAACCAUUUCUCCGAUAAGUUUCUUAAGGAUUUUUGCAUAAGUUUCAUCCUGGCAGGACGAGACACCAGCUCCGUGGCUCUGGCAUGGUUCUUCUGGCUAAUAAACAAAAACCCAGAAGUUGAGAACAAAAUUCUAGGCGAGAUCAAUGAAGUUUUAGGUCACAGAGAGUCCAAAACAGCUCUCACCAUGGAAGACCUAAAGAAGAUGGUAUAUCUGCAAGCAGCCUUAUCCGAAACCCUACGUCUCUACCCUUCAGUUCCAGUAGACUUCAAAGAGGUUGUAGAGGACGAUGUGCUCCCAGAUGGGACACGAGUGAAGAAGGGCUCUAGGGUUCUCUACUCAAUCUUCUCCAUGGCUCGAAUGGAGUCCAUAUGGGGCAAAGACUGCAUGGAAUUCAAGCCAGAGAGGUGGAUCAAAGAUGGUCAGUUUGUGAGUGAAAAUCAGUUCAAGUAUCCUGUGUUUAAUGCUGGUCCCAGGCUCUGCAUAGGGAAAAAGUUUGCAUUCACGCAGAUGAAAAUGGUGGCUGCUUCAAUCCUGAUGAGGUACACAGUUAAGGUAGUGGAAGGUCACAGUGUUGUUCCAAAAAUGACAACUACACUCUACAUGAGGAAUGGCUUGUUGGUGACUCUUGAGCCUAGGCUGAGCCUUGUUAUUAAUUAGCUAAGGUUCCACACUCAUAUUCCUUGGUUGGUUCUAUGCAUGCAUCUGUAUCCUUUCUAAUGGAAUAAGAGGAAUUUUAUACAAAUUGAAGUCCAAGAAAUGAAUUGAGAUGAUCAUCUUCAAUGAUACCAUUUCAUUUUAUAUAUAUGGACUUUGUGUAAAAUUCCUAGU